AUGGCGGACGCAUGUAACCCAGCACCACAAGACAAAGUACUUCAUGAAGCUAAUCGGUCCCACAGCAACGUGGACAAACUGGAGGAGAUAUUCAAUCGAUUCUGGACUACCCUGGAGGAACGGACGAGGCUGGAGACCGCUAGUCGCGUCCCACUGACAGGGGAAUGGAAGCUGCGUGGGGUGAGGCCUGCGGAGCACUCCAUAGGCAACUUGACACACAAGAUAGCAGUUAACUCUGCAUUACGCCUACCUGGGCCUGGAGCCACCCGGGUUCCAACCGCCAGGCACCAACCACGCCGGCGGAGAAGACGGAAAUCACCACGCAAAGCUGACAGGAUCUUCCGCAUUUCCCAGGAUGGGAAGAGGCUGGACUCAAUUAAAUACAGAGUUUGCGGCACAGAGAUGAUGGCUCCGCGAUCUACCCGGGCCCAAGGAGGUUCCCUACCAGAGUCCUCUCACAUCACCCACGCAUGGGCUCACCCUGGACUGCACAUGCCUGAAGGACAGGAGCCCAGCCGGGUAAUCGGCUGA